AUGCCGCCACGUUCCUUCAUACUGGACCUCCCCACAAGACCAACACCCAAGCGAUUAUCUCCUGCAGAACGAGAGCACGAAGAAUUGACUUCAUUUGAGAAGAAGAUUGCCAACAACCCCUAUGCAUUCCUGACAAAGUUCAUACAGGCAGCAGGACCUGACGACCGGCCCUGGAUCGUACCCGAACGGAUCUUGCCCCACGCCAUCACCAAGAAACCAACACCAAGUGCCUAUCAGGAUGACCCACGCAACGGAUUCGGCAAAUGGAUGACCACCACAUCUACCGUCAUCAACAAUGUCAUCAGAGAAGGAAAGUAUAAGAGCAUCAACACGGUGGCGUUUAUGAGACAGGACAUGUCGAAACUGGUCUAUGCGCAGUGGUCGAUCCGAGUCGCGCAUGAGUUCAGGGUGCUGUACAAGACGUCGUUUACAAAGGAGACCAAGAAACAGCCCACGCUUCGUCGACCUCGGUUCAUUGUCUUGGAUGGAGCGUAUGCUCAUCCACCUGGAACUAGAGGAAAAAUUGACAUUACUGGCAGUAACGGAUUGGUCGAAGGGUUGAGACCGAUUCUGGGGUUCAGGAGUGCGCAGAGGAUUGAAGUGCCGUGUGUGAUGUACUUUGGCAAGGGGCUCCAGCUGACUUCUGGGACAAGCACCAGCAAGGAUGCUGCGGCAAUGAGCAAGGAGAGUAAGAAGAAUAAGGAUCGGGAUCUCUCAAUGUCGCGGCGAACCUCAAAAUCAGGACUACUGGAUGAAAUCGACAUCACGAAACCUAAUCUCCCGACGCUCGCCAAGGAUAGGCAGCUCGCACAUGAGAAGAUGGAGAUCUGGCAAUCCACUGGACGGCGGUUCAAGUCACCUGUGUAUGACAUGGAGCGGCUGUUUGAGCAUCAUCCUCAGGGUCUGGAUGUCAUCAAGCAGAAGUGUCUGGAACUGAUGCCGAAUGCUCAGGUGCCAUCUAGUGACGAGGAAGUAGCACCGGUGUGGUUGGGCGUGAGAGGAUCAAGGGAGACUAUCCCGAUCUGUAUCGGGCUCUGGAAAAUGACCUAUUUGUAA